AUGUCAUAUAACAUAUCCUAUGUAACGGAAUUAGAGCUGAUUGAUCAUGGAGAGACGAUUCAUUUUGUUAUUCCAACAACUAUUGUCCCUCGUGAUAAUCCUUCGCAAGGUGCAAUUUCUUCAACAACUGGAACAAAUUCGAAAUAUCCCAGACAUGGGAUGUUAAAACAGCACCCUAUACAAUUGAAUGUGAGAAGUGUCAGUUCAACAGCAUAUCUAUGUCAAAUUGAAUUCAAUCAAGACGACGUUUGUUCAGUUAAAUUCACUCAGACGAAUACGCAUUUAGGUCGUAAUAUUCGUUUUGAUAUUCAGUUAAGUGAUCAACGUUCAACAACAAUUAUAGCAUGUCAAUCUCAGAUAUUUAUUUCAGCAUCAACUAAAGUUGGCACAUGUUAG